GUCAGAGUUUGUUAUGAGCAUGCGUUGAAAUGCCCCGUGUCUCUCUCCAUGUCUGGGCUAUAUAACAGCUAAAAAAACCCGACAUUUGCCUUCUGCUCAUCUUAUAUACCCCUGUCUGGUCGAAAGCAAGCAACUCAUUCAUCCUCGUUGAUCGGGGAAAGUCGCUGGUCCUUUGUUGACUUUCAGCAGUAGUAAGAAGGACGCUGCUAUCAGGUACACCGAGACAAAUCAAAAGGGGAAAUUACAGAAAAGAAGGACGUCUUUUCUUCCUGGAACGAUGAUCUGGCUGGCCAGUCGGUGGAGCAUGAAAGAGUGCUGACGGGCAAAGCAACAGCGUAUCUACCGGCGCUCGAGCGUGAGAGGAGGAGCGCAACAGAGGAGGAGAAGGAGGAGAGGGGAGGAAUGGGUGUUGGUAAAAACACCACUUCCAAAUCCAUGGACUCCACCGCAGAGCCUUGCAAAUAUGAGGAGGAGACCAAAAACAGUGCACAUUUCUACCCCAUCCCAGUGGUUAACGGGGUUGUCCAGACGCCUGGAGAUCAAGACACUGAAGACACGGAGCUCAUGGCCAUUUACGCCAAAGACAGCCAGAAGGAGGACAAGUGCUCCAUAUCAGAGACGAUGGAUAGUGCGGACUGCGCGGACGCCAGGAGAAUGGAAAUGAUAUACACCAUUGAGGACACGCCUCCCUGGUACCUGUGUGUCUUCCUGGGUUUACAGCACUAUCUAACCUGCUUCAGUGGAACUAUUGCUGUGCCAUUCCUGUUGGCUGAAGCCAUGUGUGUGGGAUACGACCAGUGGGCCACCAGUCAGCUUAUUGGCACCAUUUUCUUCUGUGUGGGCAUUACCACCCUGCUGCAAACCACUUUUGGGUGCCGACUUCCACUGUUCCAAGCUAGCGCUUUCGCAUUUCUCGCCCCGGCGAGGGCCAUCCUGUCACUGGACAAAUGGAAGUGUAAUUCAACAGCUGUUCCUGUAUUGAAUGACACAGUGCUGCUGCACACAGAAGACAUCUGGUAUCCUAGGAUACGAGAGAUCCAGGGUGCUAUAAUAGUCUCCUCUCUAAUCGAGGUGGUCGUAGGGGCCUUGGGUUUGCCGGGUGUCCUGUUGAAGUAUAUUGGGCCGCUCACCAUCACACCCACUGUCACUCUGAUCGGUCUCUCUGGCUUCCAGGCAGCUGGAGAGAGGGCUGGCAAACACUGGGGCAUCGCCAUGCUAACUAUAUUCCUGGUCCUGCUGUUCUCGCAGUACGCUCGAAACAUCCAGUUGCCGCUCCCCAUCUACAAAUCCAAGAAGGGCUGGACCUCGUAUCGCCUGCAGCUGUUCAAGAUGUUUCCCAUCAUCAUGGCGAUUCUUGUGUCCUGGUUUCUGUGCUUCAUCUUCACGGUGACCGACGUGUUUCCUCCUGAGAAAGACAAGUAUGGAUUCUAUGCCCGCACAGACGCCCGACAGGGCGUCCUGGCAGCUGCGCCCUGGUUCAAGAUCCCCUACCCCUUCCAAUGGGGGCUCCCCACAGUGACAGCAGCAGGUGUGAUUGGAAUGCUGAGCGCUGUGGUUGCCAGCAUCAUUGAAUCUAUUGGAGAUUAUUACGCCUGUGCCCGUCUCUCUUGUGCCCCUCCGCCACCUAUACAUGCCAUUAACAGGGGGAUUUUUAUGGAGGGCCUGUCCUGUGUUCUCGAUGGUGUCUUUGGGACGGGGAACGGUUCGACGUCAUCUAGUCCUAACAUCGGAGUUCUGGGCAUCACAAAGGUGGGCAGCAGGCGGGUCAUUCAGUAUGGUGCGGCUAUAAUGCUUCUGCUGGGAAUGGUUGGUAAAUUCAGUGCUCUGUUCGCAUCAUUGCCGGACCCAGUUCUGGGGGCGCUGUUCUGCACGCUCUUCGGCAUGAUCACCGCCGUUGGACUUUCCAACCUGCAGUUUGUCGACCUCAACUCUUCACGCAACCUCUUUGUCCUCGGCUUCUCCAUCUUCUUUGGCCUGGUCCUGCCCAGCUAUCUCAAAGGGAACCCUCUUGUCACUGGUAUAGUGCAGAUCGAUCAGGUGCUGAAUGUUCUUCUUACAACUGCAAUGUUUGUUGGAGGUUCUGUGGCAUUUGUGCUGGACAACACUAUUCCUGGCUCUCCGGAAGAAAGAGGAAUCCAUAAGAUGAAUCGCAGAAACAGCGCAUCUAAACGGGACGGAAUGGACUCAUACGACCUCCCGUUUGGUAUGGACUUCCUGCGUCGCCAUCGCAUUUUCCAGUACCUACCAAUAAGCCCUACUUUUGCUGGCUACCAAUGGAGUGUUCUCACGCACAGCUCCCACGGGCAAAGCAGGAGAAAGGACGACAUUCCAACAAAACCAGAACUGGGAGAAAGUGGGGUAUAGUGUUAAGCCACCGUGUAUAAGUGUUCAGUUGGAAGAGAUGGUCAUAGCAAGGCUUCAUUUCAACCCAGUCAGUGUAACGCUUUAUUAAACAGCCAUCUACUGUUUAUCCUGCUUUCAUUUAUAACCUCUGAAACUCUUCUUGGUCAACUAUAAAGUUGCCAACACAUUACAGUUUAAAUAGCCUUUUUUAUGGCUCCUAAAAAAGGUGAUGGUAGUUGUCUCCAUGACAACGCUGAAUGGAUGCAAUGCAGAUUGCACCUCUAUCUUUCUUCUAUGUGGAAGAACAAGAAGGCGCAAACUGAUAGAUGGAAAUCAUAUAAUAUCUACCGAAUUUCAAUUAUCAGUAUUCCUUUUUUUGCAGACCCUCACAGCAUCUCAUAGAUAAUCGGAUGUGUUAGUACCAACGUGAGUGUCGACCGUCUCACACCUCCGCGCUCACAAACCCGUCUGUACUUUUUUUAAUGCAUGUCACUGGCUGGGAUCCUGUUAAUGCAAGUGGCUUGUUCAAGUUUACGUAGCAAUGCAAGGUUCGUGUGUUUUAUUGUAAAUGCACUGCUUGAUGAAGCAAGAAUAUACGCACAAAAAUGUAGUCGAACCUCCUUUGCUUGUUCCUAGUUUAACUUCCAGUGUCCGUCUGUCUUCGUGUCUGUCCAAAAAUCUAGUUAGUCAUACAUUAGUGACUAUAUUCAAUUCAUAAGUUUAGAAAAACGUGUCCCUAUGCCUUAAAACGUAGAGAACGAUUCUGUUUUAACCUGUAAAAUAUUUAACAUUGCAUAAUAGAGUAAAUGGCCAUAGUUCUGCCUGUUAUUAGUGCUGCUGUGUUGAUAGAUAGUUAAUGUUGACUUUUUUUCUACUGGGGUUAGGAAAAAUCGGCCAGUAAUAUUGCUGUUUUUCACAUCCUUGAGAUUGUAGUUAUUGCAAAAGUUUUAGGGGUGGAUAGAAUGUUGAAAGCAGACAGCUAUGCAGUAGUUUAAAUGAUAGACCGAAAGAUUGUAAAUCAGUGGAAAAGAAAUAAAUGCAAGACUCAGGCAGCCCUAUUGAAACCAAUGGUAGAAGAAAAGUGUUUCUUUUUGUGCGGAUCUAUCAAUAGAAACCCUGUUACGCCGGGUUUCUUGUGUGUCCUUUUUGUUGGUUGGACUUAUUCAAUCCUCACUGUUCUUGUGAAUGUGGUUAAUGUAUAUUAACCCCUGCACAUGUGGCCAUUUAGUGACUCUCUCAAACUGUACAAAUUCUAUUUUAUUGAAUUAUCAUACAACUAUUCCUUAAUCUCUUUGUUGUUACCUCACAUUGUUAGCAUAGUUCUCAAUUUUUGCUUUACAGAAACAUUGAAACAUUUUGUAAUCCUUAUGAAGACAUCUUCUCGAAGAACAGUUUUAAGAUGUUUACACCUGCAGAUUCAACACAAGAUUUGUUAGGGGCUAUGAUGUCGUAGGUCACUUGCGGAGAGGAAUAUGCACAAGUGACCCAGAGCGCCACCUGAUGGUCUAUAUCUGUAUGUCGGCCUUACUCUGCAUCCACUUCAAUGCAUUUUCUUUCCUUUAAUUUAUUUAUUUAUAUUCCCUAAGUCUGCUAUCUUUUCUGUAUAAUUUUCUGCUACCUGCACAAGUUAAAUGUUUCGGCUUGACAUGGAAGAUGUGCCUGGAUUAGAUGUGUUGGGGCACAUAGAAAUGGCCAUUUCAUAUUAAUACAGAUUUACAUUAUAACUGGUGCUUCCUCGGUAGGUCAUUCCAAUUUAAACAUGUUUAUACGGUUUUUUUUUUCUAAACAAAAAGAUGUUUUCUCAUUCUAGCUAACUUGUGAAACAGCUUACUGUUAUGACGAGUUUUUUGGUUGCUUAUUUUUGUUUCUAAUAGAAGUUUGUAAUUAUGCAAGGACCAUUUCACUUUGUAACACAAUGUUCGAACUGUUGCUUUGUUUUUUGCCUUAUUUACCAUUUUUUAAAAACAUCUGCCGUUUUCUGUGCAUUACAGGAAGCUGCAGUGUUUUUAAGGUGAAAUGAGAACCUUUAAGUGGCAGUAUUUGGGACCUGUGAUGGAAAAUCACUUAUGGUAGUGGACACUAGAAACAGAGUGCUGUUUGCUGUAUUUGAGUAACUGGCUCGGAACUAUCGCUAUCAAAACAUACAUUUGAUACUUCAAGCAUUACAGCUCAAAGGUAGUCGGGAAUCUGUGACUAUAGCACUUUUUCUUACAUUACUAACAUGAAUCUUAUUAAACAAUAAAACAAUCAGCACUCCAAAGUGGUAAUAGUGAUUGUCUGAGAGUUGUUUAUCCAAAGUUAAUGCAACAAGUGUUGCCUCUAUACCCCUUCAUUUACAUCUAUAGCUUUCACAGUGCUGUCAUUGGUGUCAACAUUUUUGUCCUUUUAUUUCUUGUUAUUAAAUGCGGAACAUCUCAAAAUUGUGGACUUCCUUAUAAAGACCUCUCGCAUCUUGUGACAAACUUUUAAAGCAAUUUUUAAAUCUCUUUGGCCAAAAUACAGCAAGCACUUAAACCCUGCAUUACUGAUGCUAUAGUUUUUUUUAUAUCAGAACAUUUUGAUAAGACAUGAUAAUUUGAUGCGUCUCAGCGUAAGCUUGGGUUAAAGUAUAAAGGUUGUGAUGGGUCUUAAUAACGUGGUUGCAUAUAGAGUGAGAAAUGUAAAACCCUUCCGUUAUUUUGAGGGGAACAGAUCUGAAAAUACUUAAACUAUUUGAAGUGUUCCAUAUCUUUUUAAUGUUUUAUUCUUGUUUUUUAUACAUGGUUUUGUGUUUAUACUGACAAAAAGAUGUUUGUAAAAAUCCAUGCAUAUAAUCUUAAUCAUCGAGCCUCUAAAGUGCACCACUUUGUCAUGUUUUUAUUUAAAAUAAAUUCUUCUUUUUCCUUUUUGAAAUCUGUAGUUCAGUGAAAUAAUUUUGUUAGCCAGAACUUUUCAUAUUGUAUUUUUCUAACAUUACUUCCUGUUCAUGUUCGUAGUAGUACAAAUUGAGAAAGCGGUAAAAUACAUUGACUAUUCUAAAUACAUGAAUAUAUAUUGAA